GCGAGGCUAUGUGCUGCUGCAGGCGGUCGCUAGCUGACGGGGUGCACCUGUUCGGGCGGACGUAAACAUUGUAGGAAGAUGGACACAAAACAUAGUCGAGAAUAAGUUUAAAUAAACCUUUUUAUUCUGAGCCAUGGCAGUUUGGGCUUGGACUGUGUUGGGAGCUGCGCUUUUGCUCGGUUCAUUUGGCAUUAAAGCUUGUCUGGCCCUUGCAGUGUCUACAAUUGUAUUUUGUGGAGCAUGGGUAGUUGCAGUGCGAUGGUGUAGCCUAGUGGAGAGUGAGGAGAUGUGGCUUAACAUACACAGAUCACACCUCCCGCUGCCUUCUGAUCAACACGAGAAGGUGGUGAGUAGUAUACAACUUAGUAGCAGCACUGAGCGGCAAGAUCGUCGAGUCACAGGAUCCAGCCUUAUAGAUGAGCAGCUUCAAGGGGUGGUAACACUUGUAGUACGUGACUUCAUACUUACUUGGUACAACCACCUCUCCUACCAUCAAGCGUUUAUUACUCAGCUGCAUCGAACUGUACAGCACUCUAUGAUUGUCCUUGCAAAUAGAUGUAAAAAUAUGGAUUGGGUUGGCUAUCUUACUACGCGACUUGUUGAUGACAUCGCUUGUCAUUUACGGUUGUUUCGAGAAGCGAGAUCAGCUGCACGUGGAAAGGCCACUAGUGAAGAGUUGAUUGAUUACUUCUUUGAAAGAGAAGCAGAAAAAGAAAAAGAUAUAUGUCAUGAUGAAAUAUGCUUAAAGUCAGAUGCAGAAAAAGAUUAUUUAAGUGACAUAGUGGAGACCAUCUUGUACUAUAUUCUACCCCCUGAGGACUUCUCCAAUGCUCCUCUGUGUGCUGCAGUGGUGGAGAUUUUAGUAUCAUCUGUCAUCAUGCCUGUUGUUUCUCUCAUCUCUGAUCCAGACUAUAUAAAUACCCUUAUCAUAUGGGCUUGCACAGACAUUCCAAUAACAAGUGAAUUGUUUGUUAACGUGAUAAAAACCACUAGUAACUUAGACGAAUUAGAUGCUGUAAGAAGCCUUGUUGUAAAAGAAAUGACAAAUUUAAGGUCACGGGAUUCUGGAGGUCGUGAUGAAGGGACUGAAGUCAAGCAGCAAUUAGGAAGUCUUGAAUUUAUAAGACGUGUUAUUGACAAUCGUAUCAACAGAAUAGACAAAGGAUCAGAAACUGAUUCAAUGGGUUUGCCUGUGAAUUUGGACUACCAACAUUUAGCUCGUGGGAAGUUGUUUCAGCUGCCACUUGAGGCAAUAUUAAAGAAUAGUCUCACUUUGGAUCAUUUUCUCAACUACAUGGCCUCAAUUAAUGCACAGCAUUAUAUCAACUUGUACUUAAAUAUUGAGUGUUGGCGCACAACAGUUAAUGAAAGACUGUGUGCUCUGGAACUGGAGCGGUUACAGCACCUCGAAGAGUCAGAAUCUCAGGGUUCUGGGAUGACCAUGCCAGACUUAUGCCAUGAUCACUUUUCUGCACAUGAUCUUUCAUCUCAUAAAGAAGAGGCAGAGAUGAUCUAUGAGCAAUAUCUGUCUGAGAAAGCAAGUCCAAGAGUGGCAAUGGAUGAUAGUAUAGUUAAGAGGCUGAUUCUUCGAAUGCGCUCCGAGAAGGUCACAGAAACAUGGUUUGAUGAAGUUCAGUCAGCUUUGUUUAUGACGCUACAGGAAGCAGAAUUAUUUUUACCAGCAUUUAGAAGAUCCAUGUGGUAUAUUCGACUCUUAGCAGAAUUAGAUUUAUUAAAAGAUGCAUCAAGAUCUGAUGAAGAAGAUUCUCAAUCUCUUGAUGAUAUCAGCUUCAAUUCCUUAGAACAAGGUGAAGAAGUUGAUGGAUCGAUCCCUGUACCAUUGGGCCCUGGUUUAUCUGGAGAUGGGCUGUCUGUUACUUCAAGUUAUUCAACUCUUUCAAAUGACAACUAUCUUAAAAGUGUUUCCAGAGGGUCAUCUCGGGCUCAAUCACCACAACCAGGUGGAUCACUUCAUCCAUCCCCAUGUCACACUCGAUCUCCCAGUCUUACUUCAAAAUCCUACACCCUAACUGCUAAGAUUAUCGAUACAGAGAUUGUUCGAGAAGGAAGUAAAUCGCAUGCCAUCUACAUUGUUAGUGUAAUGCGUAGAGAUGCAUCAGGGCAGGAAGAUUUAUGGCAUGUAUUUAGACGAUAUUCUGAGUUUUACGACUUUCAUCUGUCAAUUACUGCAAAAUUCAUGGACUUGUCAUCAGUAUCAUUUCCUAGUAAAAGAAUGUUGAAUAAUCUUGCUGCCUGGUUCUUAGAAAAGCGCAAAUCUGAAUUAGAUGACUGGCUGCAGACGGUCAUGGCACCAGCUAACCUUCAAUCUCAUCCUGGGUUACAAGAAGCAAUCCAGCGUUUUCUUGAUCAAACCUCUUAUCUGUCUUCACAACCUCAAAAUCUUGCCAAAAAGGUUGAAGACAAUUUAGUAGCUCCACUGAAGCUGGGAGUCCACAGCAUGAGCAAAGCUGUACGGUCAAUGCCGGACACUGUUCUCAACACUGUAGAUGGUAUGGUUGAUGGUAUUUACAGACGUUUUGUGAAGCCAACACAUCCUAGACUCACGGCCAGUGCUGAUUAUGCACAUAGAGGGUCAUUAGAUCUUGAGGGUGAUGAAAACAUUCCAUUACGCAUCCUAUUGCUACUGAUGGAUGAAGUAUUUGAUCUGAGAAGCAAAGAUCAAUGGUUUAGAAGGCGUAUAAUGCUCUUCUUGCGGCAAAUUUUAAAAGCAAUGUUCGGUGACAUUGUAAACAGAAGAAUUGUGGAUUAUGUUGCUUUUAUUACUUCUCCAGAACAAGUGGCAGAUUAUAUUAAAACUUUCAGGGAAUCAUUUUGGCCAAAUGGUACUUUAGCUGCUCCGUCACUUGAAAGAGAUAAUAGUAUCAAAAUGAGAACCAGAGUUGCUGCCAGAACUUGUAUGUUAGCUAGUAUUUCAGAUGAAUUAAAGGCAAUAUUAGGUAGCCAAACAACAGCUCGGGGUGUACUUGGUGUGUACGAUACGGUGCAGUGGACCUCCCUUAACAAGAGACUUGUAUAUGUGCUGCUGGAGGGUAUUAUUGAAUCUGUUCUUUCUAAUCAGAAGCAAAUACCUCCUUUACUAAGAUCAUUACAUACAGGAUCGGCACGUAUUGCUGCUAGAAAUGUUCCCCAUGGAAGGAAAAAUAGAACUGACCGGUGAUAUGAAUACCAAAAGACACAUGAUAGUGAAAAUUAUUAUUUUCUUUUAUUAUAGUUUAUACUGUACAGUACUUGAUGGAAUUAUUUAAAAAUACAUGUACAGUACAAUAAUUGAAGUUGUAUUCUACAGAAAUCUGAAAUGUGCAUUUCUACAUUGUGUUUUGUAUCUCAAUUUGAGAUUUUCAGUACAAGUAUUGUAUUGGAGGUUGUAUCUAAUGUAAUUAUUUGUUGUAUAUAUUUGAUUAGAAAUCAUAUUAUUUUAUAUUUUAUAAAUGUCUGACUAGGUUUGAGAUAAUAUAUUUUUGGUGCAGAUGUCUGACAAGUCAUUUAUUUAUCUUUUCUGUGAAAUGAGAUUUUAAAUGGAAAGCCAAGCAUUCCACUGUUCACUCAUAUUUUGAAAAAUAAACAAAGAACAUUAAAGUAUUAUUGUU